AUGAAACAUUUCACGGGGCCCUUCGGUCUUCCGGGAAUCGCGAACGCAUCCCGCUUGAAUGCCGGAGGCGAUGGAACACUCCGGUUGGUCAAUAUACCUUCCUUUGAGGUGGGCGAUCUAGAGUAUGUCGACGAGCUCUGGUUGAUCCGGUUGGACGAGUUGGAGACGUUUUUGGUCCGCAAAUUGGCAGCUGCUGGGUCUGUGACGCUAGAUAUCGGGUCGCAUCUUGACACAUUUGAGAUACCUGCGCUCGAUGGGGUUGAGUAUUUGGAAUUGACAGGGAACUUUACUGAGUGGGUGGUCCUCUUUAUCCCUGGUCCGUAUGUACUUGCAGCUACUAACAAGAGAUACUGCCAGCGUGAGCUUUGGGACACUGCGUAA